ACAGCGCUAAAGCGAGUCAGUGUUCAUUGGGAGUUUGGUCAUGUCUGGUCUGGUUGGAAUCCGCCUGCUGCUUCUAUGGGGCUGUGGCUGCCUCUGGCUCACCAGCCCAACAUCUGGAUCACUGGUCAUCUUUGAGGACACUGAAGCUCUGGAGGAAACAACAGGACCUGCCAAAUCGCUUCAGAAAAGAAGUACAAAUGAGGCAAUGGUGCAAGUACACAGUGUGACUGUGGAGUGCACUGUAAUGUCCCGCUUUUCCCACACUGUCAUGACCUCCGUAGCUCUAAACAAAGCCAACACAUCACAGGAAAUCUUCUUCGAAGUGGAACUCCCCAAGUCUGCCUUUAUCACAAAUUUCAGCAUGGAAAUUGAAGGGAAGGAGUAUGUGGGACAGGUGAAGGAAAAGGAGAAAGCGAAGAAACAAUAUGAGAAGGCUGUUUCAUCUGGACAGACUGCAGGAUUGGUCAAGGCCUCUGGGAGGAAGAUGGAGAAGUUUUCCGUGUCAGUCAGCAUUGCAGCUGAAAGCAACGUGACAUUUGUCCUGACCUACGAGGAGCUCCUUCAGAGGAAGUUUGGCCAGUAUGAGAUUCUGAUCCGAGUUAAGCCCAAAAGCCUGGUGCAGCAGUUUCAGAUUUUGGCCAACAUCUAUGAACCUCAGGGCCUGUCUUAUGUAGAUACCCAUGCUACUUUCCUUUCCAAUGAGCUUCUCCCCCUGGUCGAGAAAACAGUCAGUGACAAAAAGGCCCACAUUUCUUUCUCACCAACUUUGGAUCAGCAAAGAAAAUGUCCAGAUUGUGAUGGAUCACUGAUAGAUGGUGAUUUCAUCAUUAAGUAUGACGUGAACAGAGAAGGACGCCUUGGGGAGAUUCAGAUUGUGAAUGGCUACUUUGUGCACUUUUUUUCUCCCCCUGACCUGCCCAGAGUACCAAAGAAUGUGGUGUUUGUGAUUGACAGAAGUGGGUCGAUGGGAGGCACAAAGAUGAGACAGACACUAGAGGCAAUGGUGACCAUUCUGGAUGACCUCCAUGUGGACGACUACUUUGCUGUCAUCCAGUUUGACGACGUUAUUUUAACUUGGAAGGAUUCUCUUACCAAGGCAACCAAGGAAAACGUGGCUGAGGCCAAGAGCUAUGUCAGAAGUAUCAGAGCCAAUGGAGGUACCGAUAUUAAUUCUGGAGUACUGCGAGGGAUAGAUAUGCUGAUCAAAGACAGACAGGAGAAAAAAUUACCUGAGAGAAGCAUUGAUAUGAUCAUUCUGUUGACAGAUGGAAUGCCAAAUUCUGGAGUGUCUCGCAUCCCUGAAAUCCAGGAGAAUGUGAAAUCUGCCAUGGGAGGAAAUAUGUCUCUUUUCUGUCUUGGAUUUGGAAAUGAUGUGGACUACAACUUCCUGGAUGUGAUGAGUAAACAGAAUAAAGGACUGACUCGCAGAAUCUACGAAGCUUCGGAUGCAGUGCUUCAGCUCCAGGGUUUCUAUGAUGAAGUGUCCAGCCCACUGCUCUUAGAAAUUGAUCUGCAAUAUCCAGACAAUGCAGUUGACUAUUUGACCACAAGUCACUUCCCUCAGUUGUUCAAUGGCUCUGAAAUUGUGGUAGCAGGUCGGUUGACGGACAACGAUCUGGACAACUUCCUGGUGGAAGUCAUUGGCCAGGGGCUUGAAGAGAGCUUCAAUGUGCAAGGUCAGGCCUCCAUUGUUGACUGGAAUGUGAUUUACCCAGAUGAGAGCUACAUCUUUGGAGAUUUCACGGAGCGUCUGUGGGCUUACCUCACCAUCCAACAGCUUUUAGAAAAGAGUAAGACUGGUACAUCAGAUGAAAAAGCCAACUUUACAGCUAAGGCCCUGGACAUGUCCCUGCAGUAUAGCUUUGUUACACCUCUUACCUCCAUGGUGGUUACCAAACCUGAAACAGAGGAUGGUCCAGACAGCCCUCUCAUCGCUAACAAGCUGACAGAAGAGCAAAGACAGCAAGCAGAGAGGGCGAAACCGAUAAAAAUGUACCACAGAGUUGCGACACAACUGCAGGGGGCAGCUUUACAGGCUAAGCAACUACCGUAUGCUCCUGUGUAUUUUGUGGAUGGAGAUCCCCAUUUCAUGAUAGAGCUGCCUGACAGAAAUGACUCUUUGUGCUUCAACAUCAACAAUGUACCAGGAACCAUUUUUAAUCUCGUCAGAGAUCCAGAAUCAGGUGUUUUUGUAAACGGACUGAUAAUUGGAGACAAGAAGAUUCCGGCAGAUGGGAAAAUAAACACCUAUUUUGGGGGUUUUGGUAUUAUCCAUGCAACUUUGGGGGUCAGGCUGCAGGUGACCACUCAGGCUAUUUCAGUGUUACAGGAUGGCAAAGAAGUCAAACUGCUGUGGACGGAUACGGCUUCUCUGAAAGGACCUAAUGUGGAUCUUCUUGUAACCAAAGAUCGCAGCCUGAAAGUGACACUAAAGGGCUCUGUUAAGUUUGUCAUCCUGCUCCACAAAGUGUGGAAGAAACACCCGUACCAUCAAGACUACCUAGGUUUCUACACCCUGGACACUCAUCUUCUGUCCCCUUCUGUUCAUGGCUUACUAGGUCAGUUUUACCAUGGGAUUGAAUAUGAAGUGACAGGCUUGCGGCCUGGAGAAUCCCCGGAGAAACCAGACGCAACUAUGUUUACAAAAGGACACCAGCUCACUGUGACCCGAGGCUGGCAGAUAGACUUCAGAAGGGAUGUGAAGAACGGUGAAAAUGUUCCCUGCUGGUUUGUUCACAAUAACGGAUCAGGCCUCAUCGAUGGAGAAGCAACAGACUACAUUGUGCCUGGCCUUUUUACAGCUUUUUGAAAGCAUAUACGCAACCCUGUGCACUACGAAUGUGAUUAAACUCAGAUUCAUUAAAAACAAAAAAUUCUGCUUGACACUCAUGCAAAUACAUUUUUUUUAGCAUUGUGAGCAAUUAGAAGAAGGUUUUUCAAGCUUCACAAAUCAAUCAAUAUUCAUGACAACCUUGAUUGGACACAACAGGGUUAACCGAUAUGUUUGGAUUCGACCUCCUGGGUUAUCUUCAUAGCAAAAUAAGAGUUGUAGUGACACAGGUCUUAUAUUAAAGCAGCCAAAACGCAGUUUAAAUAAAACUGCCAACAUUUCAUUAAAAGGAUUGCUUUAUUUCUCUAUUCCAUAAUAAAAAUAAUCAGAUUAAUAAAACAGAAAUAAAAUACGAUAACAGCGUCAUACCACACACUCAAGGUCACUUUGUCCUCUGUCAAUAUGUACCCCAAUUCUCUAUCUACAUAUUGAUGUAUUACAAUCAACACUUAGUUCAUAGAUUUCAUAAACAUUAACAAUGCAUUUCACCCCUCAUUUUUUUUGCCACCGUGUAUCAGUUUAUUUCUUUUGGUUAACAGGCAUUUUCGAUACAUAAUAAAGGAUCUAAACAUAUCUACAUAUCUAACAUAGGUCUUAAUUUCAUACCAUGUUUUAUUUGAUUGUAUUUCAGAAGCUUAAAUACAUUUGUUGACCUGUAAAAUAUAGAAGAUUGUGACCCCUGAAUAGACUUAAAUAUUUCUAAAUUAAUGUCCUACUGACAAAUAAAAUUGGUCAUAAUCAAGUGACCUCAACAAGGCAUAAGGAAAACAAAUCACCGGUUGUCAUAUGUGCAUAUCUGAGACAUUCCCCAUGCAGUUAGGCCUCAUUUUCGCAACUCAGAAAUCUAGACAUGAAUACUGUUGCCAACUUAACCCUGUCCUCACAUUUAGCAACUUUUCAGACUACGCUUGCAACACUUUUUCUAAAAAGCAGCUGGUAACAUUUCUUUGGGGUAUUUGAGACCAUUUAAAACAUGUUUGAUUCUUGCAUUUUUAAUGCACAGCAAUUGAUGCCAUGGAUUUUUAGCCAGUCACUUAUCACUCAUCGGCAGCCAAGUCUGAUCCAUAUCAGCUUUAAGCACAGCCUUGGUACCGCAAAUAAGACU